GCGAAUAAACGGAAACAGAAGCAAUCCUUGGAAAGUCCGGCGCGUGGGUUCGAGGCAGGACCGCAUGCGUAUCGUUUUCUCGGCGAUGGGCGCGAGGGCGCUGCUGAGGGGACCGCACCGCUGCCUCCUCCUCGGCGGCAGUUCGGGGCGCCGCUCCGCCGCGGGCCCCGGCGCCCUCAGCCCCUUCGACCGGCAGCUGAAGAGGAAGCAGAAGGAAUGGGCGGCGGCGCGGCCGGAAAUGCAGCGCUGCGAGUACCUGAGGGAAGAGGUUGGUGGUAGGAUAGCUGAUCGAGUGUUUGACAUAAGUAGGACUUUCCCCCUUGCAUUGGAUCUUGGCUGUGGACGAAGCUACAUAGCUCAGCAUUUAAACAAGGAUGUCAUUGAACAGCUUUUUCAAGCCGAUAUUGCAGAAAACGCUUUGAAAAAUGCAAUAGAAUCUGAAAUACCCAGAGUCAGUGUUAUCGCUGAUGAAGAAUUCCUUCCUUUCAAAGAGAAUACAUUUGAUCUUGUUGUCAGUGGACUGAGCUUGCAUUGGGUAAAUGAUCUUCCCAAAACAUUGCACGAGAUACAUCGAAUCCUUAAACCAGAUGGAGUAUUUAUCGGUGCCAUGUUUGGGGGAGACACGCUCUAUGAGCUUCGUUGCUCUUUACAGCUGGCCGAACUGGAAAGGGAAGGUGGAUUUUCCCCACACGUAUCUCCGUUUACUGCUGUCAGUGACUUAGGACAUCUACUGGGAGGAGCUGGCUUCAACACAUUGACUGUGGAUACUGAUGAAAUCCAAGUUAAUUAUCCAGGGAUGUUUGAGAUUAUGGAUGAUCUGCAAGGUAUGGGAGAAAGCAAUUGCUCUUGGAGCAGAAAACCUAUGCUACACAGGGCAACCAUGUUGGCGGCAGCAGCUGUGUACAGAGAAAUGUAUGGAAAUGAUGAUGGGACUGUACCUGCAACAUUUCAAAUAUAUUACAUGAUAGGUUGGAAAUUCCAUGAAACCCAGGCAAGACCAGCACAGAGAGGUUCUGCAACUGCGUCAUUUGGCGAUCUGAGAAAAAUUAAUGAGCUAAUUCCAGGAGGGAAAAAACAUUGAGAUGUGGUGUAAUUAGUGGACUUUUGAACUGUGGAUAUUCACACUGCCAUGUGCUUUUUAAAAUUGCCGUGCCACUGACAUUAUUUAUGUAUGUAAAUAGAAACAGCAUAGGGGUGUGGAUUUUUAUUAUAUCAUGGUAUUUCAUGUUUCUGUAUAGAAUUCAACUGACUAAACGUAAGAGAAUGUAACAGGAAAGGUCCAUAUAUAUUAGGACUAGGGCAGGCAUAGGCAACCUUGGCUCUCCAGAUGUUUUGGAACUACAACUCCCAUGAUCCCUGACCACUAGCCCUGUUAGCUAGGGAUCAUGGGAGUUGUAGUUCUAAAAGAUCUGGAGAGCCAAGGUUGCCUAUGCCUGGAGUAGGGUAAGGUCUAAAGCAGGGGGUGGUUAAGGAUCAGGCCCCAAGCAACCUUUUCUGCCCCCCCCCAAGGCCCCAUUAAGUUUGGCGGUGCUCAGCACCUGCUGAGGAUGCAGUUUGCCCCCUCUUCAGUCAUUAGAUUGAGUGGAAGGGAACAGUAGCACCAUGUCCCCCAAGCUGAUCUACAUGUAAAGGGUGCUGUGUAGACAUACAUGCAUGCAUGCGCAAGAGCAUAGGGUGCCAUUUAGACCCCAAAGUGCAGGUAUGUGGCUCUUGGUCCAAAAAAACAACAAGCACAUUUAGGCACCCCUGGUCUAAAUCCAUACGAGAUGUCCACUUUGCUGAAGCCAAGAAAAUGUGGGCCUGGUCAGUAUCUAGACAGAUACUAAGUAGGGCUUUAUUUCAACUUUCAAAGCUGUCGGCCUUCAAAUCACCACUUGACUCCUUGAUCGGUCUUGCUACCCCUUUACUUUAUUCUGUGAUUCACGCAGAGCUAUGUUUCUCACUACCUCUACCAGUCCAUUGAGCAGUCUGUGAGCUGGAAAUCAUGGAAAAAGCUGAGCAGGAAAGAAAUGUAGCUGUAUGUAAAUCACGAGCACUUACCUAGGGAAGACAUUGACCUCUAUUAAGAGACUGGAAAUGUAAUAAAACAUUAAGCUUGAUCAGUUAAAUGCAUAAAAAUUAUCCUAUCCUACUUCCACAGAGCUCAGAAUAACAUUUGCUUUCUUCCUCUGUUCUUUUGUUCGACUGAUUCGCCCAAAUUUACCCACUGUGCUAACUCGGGUUUGAAUCUCCACUCAACCAUGUUACUGGUCUCUUGGUUCAGACCAGUCUGCUACACUAACACUGCCUUCUUCCAACUUUGCUUAUGGGUACUGAUAAACAAUAGUUCGUGUAGAGAAAGAAAUUAGCAUUUUGCCUUACACCUUAGCAAAUAAGUCAAGCAAGGGCAAGAUUAAUCCCAGCCUUGGUUCUUAUAGCCAUGUAAAGUAAUCUGAGAACUCUGUACAGUGUAUCACAGACUAAAAUUAAAAUUCUGGGAUGAGAAACAGGAUUUUGACCCAUAUAUUCACACUGAACAAAUUUACAUAAUUUUGUCUCUGCUAGUCAUGGAGGACAUACUGGCAUUUGCUUAGAAUCAAAUUAUUAAAUCAAUUGUCAGUUUCACAUACAAGCCCAGUGCUAGGGGCACUUCCACAUUGUAUGAAACAGUACAGUACUCUGGAAGAGGACCCCGGAAGGCCCAAGAGCACAAGCAUGCAUGGAAGACAGUGCAGCCUUUUGCAAGCUUGCUCAGAAAGAAGUCAAGCCAACAUAAGUUGCUCCCACACAUUUAUUACAGUUAAUACCAGGUUUCUUCACCUAUGCACGGAAAAACCAAGAUGAAGACAUCCCUUAUUUUAACACACAUUACUUUAAGCAAACCACCCACCCUCACUUAAUACUACUGUACUUAAGAAGCUCGGACAUGGAGCAUUAAAGCCCAGACCUAUGCCUAGAAAUGCAGCAAAAAAGGAAGCCUGGAGGAGUGAAGUUGAGGUUAGGUUUGGACUACCCAGCCAUAAAUGCUGAAAGGUGAUAAAUGCUAUUUACGACAGGGAUGGGGAAUCUUUGGCAAUUUGGCUCACCUUGAGACCCAGUUUGGCCCAUGAAGCAAUUUUCCCCCAACCACCACCUUGUGUCAUGUUAUGUCAGGUAUGGGGCAUGUAGAAACAGCUUGAUGGGGAAUUUGAUCACAUGGGAAUCACCAUAGGGAAUUUGAUCACGCAGCUGAUCUCUGCAGAAGGCAGGCUUAACCAAUAUUAACCAAUAGCCAUCUCAACAUUACAGUCUCAUUAACUUGAAACACACACACAGACCCCUUUAAAGCUGUAGGCUUACACUUUCCUGGGAGUAAGCUCCACAGAACUCAAGAGAACAGAUGCAUAGGAUUCCACUGUAAGUUUUGCAGGUUUCUUUCAAAGCUUGCAGAGGAGAGUGGUGACAGGCUGCCUUCAAGAGGAAAAGAUUCCAAUACACUAUGGCCAUUAAAAAAUUCAAGAAGCUGAGGGGACCUCUACCUUAACUGAAGCUUUCAAAGGUUGGGUUUAUGCAGAGAAACUGCCUCAAAGAAGCAACCCAGGAAAAUAAGACAAAUAUUUGAUGACUGGAAGAAAAUAAGCUACAUACACUUGGGGCUCAUCCAGACUUCCUUUUGCACCGCCCACUGCAGGUACAGGUCCAUGCUUUAAAGAUAUGUGUCCAAGUGGGAUUGAGGGUUUUUUCCACCUGGCACUUUCCCUGGAAAACCUGCAUUUUACCACUGAAUUGGAGAAAAUGGUAAAUUGUAGAAAACCCAGUUGCCAUAUGCUCUGAUUCAGUGGUAAAAUGCAGGUUUACCUGCAUUUGGGGGGGGGGGGCACUCUCACACUGAACUUUAAAACCCAGACCUGUGCCUAGAAACAUGGCACAAAAGGAAAUCUGGAUAAGCACUGAGUGACAUUAGAAAAUACUAUUUCCAGGCAAGAUUGGUACAAAUAUGCUAUUUAUACAUGUUUUUUAAGGCACAGCUUGCAAGGUUAUGAGUCAGGUGGCUUUUGAUUUCAGUUUUAAAGUGUUUUGUUUCAAACUGAAUGGUUGUAUAGGGAGGUGGUACUACUGUUUUUUAUUAGGUUUUGACUUGUUGCUUUUUAAUGCUGAAUAGAGACUAAAGUAAUAUUCGUGCUGAAAACUAUGUUAAAACCAUAAGAAAAAAAUGAACAGGACUUUCAAAGAA